AUGGCGGCCGGCAGCGGCGGCUCCUCGCUGUGCCUCGGCAGCGCCCGGGGGGGAGGAGCUGCCGCGCUCUGGGAGCUUCCGAUUGGCUGCGGCCGCCCGCCCGUGGGCGGGACUUCCGUUGCAGGCUGCGAGCCGCUUCUGCUCCCCGUCGCACGUGGCCGCAGCAGCCGGAGGGGCCGGGCCGGGGUCUCCCUCCCAGCGCUCUCUGCUCGGCAGCAGCCUGCCGGGGCCGGCGGCUCCCUUAUGGCCUCACAGAAGGACCCCGACAAGAGCUGGAAGGAGAAGCAGCACCCAGAGAACAAGUUGGACCAGCCAAAGUUCAGCCCUAAGGGAGAGGAUAAGGAGGAGGAGGAAGAAGAGGACAAGAGGGAGGAUGAUGAUGGUGAGGUGAAUGAUGACUGUGACAAUGAUGAAUAUGAAGAGGAUAAUGAUGAGGAUGAAGGUGACCAGGAUGAUGAGAAGAAACAUAUGAAGGAGAACGAAGUCAGAGCCGGUCCCUCUGUGCCACCCAAGCAGCUGAAUCAGUGCCCUGAGUGUGGGCAGAGCUUCCCACCUGGCUCAGAGCCGGUGAAGCACCACUGCCCCCAGCCUGGCCCCCGGCCCUUCUUCUGUGGUGAGUGUGGCAAGAGGUUCAGCAGGAGUUCUCACCUCGUCCAACACACUCGCACCCACACCGGCGAGAAGCCUUUCACCUGCGGCGACUGUGGCCAGAGGUUCAACCGCAGCUUUCAUCUCAGCCGACACCGCCUCACCCACACGGGUGAGAGGUCAUACAGCUGUGCUGACUGCGGCAAGCGCUUCAGUACCACGGCUGACCGUGCCAAGCACCGCAGUGUGCACAGCACCGAGAAGUCCUUCACCUGCGGGGACUGUGGCAAGAGCUUCAAACGCUGUGAUACUCUCACCGUCCACCGCCGCAUCCACACCAGGCAGAAGCUGUUCCCCUGCGCUCAGUGCGGCAAGACCUUCACCACGAGCACCUCGUUAAUCCAGCACCAACUCAUCCACAGCGGUGAGAAACCUCACAGCUGUGCCGACUGCGGUAAGAGUUUCACAUGCAGCUCCACCCUCGCCAUGCACCGGCGGCUGCACAGCGGCGAGAAGCCCUUCACCUGUUCUAAGUGCGGCAAGAGCUUCACCCAGAGCUCUAACCUCACGCAACACCGCCGCACCCACACCGGUGAGAAGGCCUUCGCCUGCGCGGACUGCGGCCAGAACUUCACCCAAAAGGGCCACCUCGAUAGGCACCGCCGCACCCACACCGGUGAGCGGCCAUUCAUCUGUGGUGACUGUGGCAAGUGGUUCAGAUGGAACUCUGAGCUGAUCCGGCACCGCCUCACCCACACUGGAGAGAGGCCUUUCAUCUGUGGUGAGUGUGGCGAGAGCUUCAGCAGGAACUCCACUCUCAACCGGCACCGCCGCAGCCACAGGAGGGAGAGGUCAUACAGCUGUGCUGACUGCGGUAAGUGUUUCACUUACAGCUCUGCCCUCAGCCAGCACCGCAGUGUGCACAGCACUGAGAAGUCCUUCACCUGCAGGGACUGCGGCAAGAGCUUCAAAACCAGCAUCAAUCUCACCAUCCACCGCCGCAUCCACACGGGAGAGAAGCUGUUCCCCUGUGCUGAGUGCGGCAAGAGCUUCACCACAACCACUGCAGCCAUGCGGCACCAAGUCACCCACAGCGGGGACAAACCGUACAGCUGCGCCGACUGCGGCAAGAGCUUCAACCGGAUCUCCAACCUCAACAGGCACAGUCUUGUGCACGGCGGAGAGAAGGCUUUCACCUGCCCUGACUGCGGCAAGAGUUUCACCUGCAGCUCCUAUCUCACCCAGCACCGUCGUGUGCACACGGGUGAGAAACCGUUCACCUGUGCUGCCUGCGGCAAGAGCUUCACCCAGAAGGGAAACUUCAACAAGCACCGCUGCACCCGCGCCGGUGAUCAGGCCACACUGGUUGGGAAGCAUAAGUAG